GAGAAAAAUAAGAACAAAAAAUUAGCCAAAAUAAAGAAAAUCACGAAAUCUGGUUUUCCUCUUUUGUUCGUCGCGUCUAGAAGCGAAGGCGGUUCUACUUUGAUCCACCAACUUCUUCUUCCACCUCUCGAUUUCAGGUACAAUUUCGCCGACUGGAUAUUUAAGAAUGGAUCUAAAGAGCAUUAAGGAUGCAUUUGAUCGUGUUGCAAACAAGCAGAAACUCUCCUAUAGCAAAACACAUGAGAUUGUUCAGAUGCUGUCUCAAGAAAUCGACAAGGCCCUGAGCAUAUUACAGGAGGCAUCUCCAUUUGAUCAUAGAUCUAUCCUCGCUGAUGUGAAGAAAAUGUUCACGGAGAUUUCUCCGGUCAAUCAACUUGAAGCCGCUGAGAAAGAACUAAACGUGGCUCUGACCAAGUACCCGAAAGUCCUGGAGAAACAACUGAACACCGACAUAUCAAAGGCUUACAGAAACAAUGUCGAGUUCGAUACCCAUAUCGUGAACCAGAUAAUCGCCAACUUUUUCUACCGUCAAGGAAUGUUCGACAUUGGUGACUGUUUCGUUGCUGAAACUGGUGAAUCUGAAUGUUCCACCAGAAAGUCUUUCAAGGAAAUGUAUCAGAUACUAGAAGCCAUGAAGGGACGAGAUCUUGAACCAGCUCUUAACUGGGCAGUCUCAAACUCAGAUAAACUGAAGCAAGUAAGGUCUGAUCUCGAGUUGAAGCUUCGCAGCUUACACUUCCUGGAAAUAGCUGAAGGCAAAAACUCCCAAGAAGCUAUCAACUACGCGAGAAAACAUAUCGCCGUAUUUGCAGAUAGCCUUCCAGAAACACAGAAGCUCGUGUGUUCUCUACUGUGGAAUAAAAAUCUCGUUAAAUCUCCUUACUCCGAGUUUCUCUCUCCCGCUCUGUGGGACAAUGCAGUCAAAGAGCUAACCAGGCAAUACUGCAACCUACUCGGCGAAUCAUCCGAGAGCCCUUUGAGUAUAACGAUAACGGCGGGCACACAAACUUUGCCGGUACUGUUGAAAUACAUAAACGUGAUGGCGAAUAAGAAGCUUGAUUUGCAGAAUAUGGAACAACUUCCUGUCGCCGUGGCACUACCCAAGGAGUAUCAGUUCCAUUCGGUGUUUGUCUGUCCCGUGUCUAAGGAACAGUCAAGUGAUGAUAAUCCUCCGAUGAUGAUGUCUUGUGGACAUGUGCUUUGCAAGCAGACUAUCAACAGAAUGUCGAAGAAUGGCUCCAAGUCGUCUUUCAAGUGUCCUUAUUGCCCGACCGAUGUAGACAUCUCAAGGUGUAGGCAGUUACACUUUUGAAACAAAGCAAGCAACGUAUGACUGGAAUACUGGAACUGGUGAAAAUCUGUUUCAGAAUGUGAACUGUGUUUUUGUUUUGAUGAAGAUUUAUAAACUGGUGGGUUUUUGUGUACAAAAUUAUCAGGGAAGUUUUAGAUAAUCGGACAUCCCCAUAAGAACUGGUUGUGUUGCUGCUUGUUUAUUUUAACUUUCUGAAUAUAGAAAUUCUUUACAUUUCCA